CGGAAGAAAUUUAGAAAUUUUCCGGUGUAUCCUUCCGCUUGUUUGACAUUGCCAUUCCGUAAUAAAAUCUAUGGAAACAAAAGAACUAAAGCCUUUCGUUCGGUUCUUGAUGUUGGCAAGAAUAAACAACAGGAAGCGUUGAUAAAUUGAAUUCAAAUUUAAAUUUAUCAAAACCAAAUAAAAACUUUAUUUAAUUAAUUGUUUUAGUAUUCUUUCGUAGUGGGUGUAUAUAAGUCCGAUGAAAAGCAAUGUCUAAGUUUGAAUUUAAUACUCACAAACGUGUGUUAAAUUAUCUCGAAAAUUGGCUGAUGCAGUUACAUGGGGAUGAAGUGUGUUCAAGUCUGCAACCUGAUGCUCAUGACUUAGAAUAUCUUUUAUCACUUAAAUCACAAAAUGAAGAAUCAGAAAAAAAUGUGAGAGAGGAAAUUAAGUUGAAGAGAGCUCGUAUUCAUUCCUUCAACACAAACAUUGGGAAACUAAAAGCUCUUCUUAAUAGUGAAGAUGCAUCUCUUAGUGAGGAUACAUGGAAACAAAUUGACUGCGUAGCAGGAUUGGCUGCAAAAAUGAAUAUAGAGGAACUUGACUUAACAAAUUUCCUACUGGCGAUUUGUGAAAUGAAAAAUGAGAAUUUUAAAAAUGAAGAACAGAAAAUGAUUAACUGUGCCUUGAUGUCUUCGUAUAGUCAAAAAAGCUUAAAAAUAAGAAAUUCUAAUGAUAUUCUUAAAAGUCAAUUAAAUGCUUUGACAGAAGUAGUUGACACUCAAGAAUCUAAUAAAGAGAAGAUGACUGGAAGAACAAAAUUCUUCAACACCAAAUCUGCAGAGUAUGAAAGGGAUAUUAAAUUAUUUAAGGAAAGAUUGAAAGUGGUCAGCUUUGAGGAAUCAUUACAACACAGCAAUUUAGUUGAAUCUUUAGAGGUUAUUAAAGUUUUAGAAGAAAAACUAAAAGUUUCAAAAGAUAAACUGAAAAGUUACAUAAAUCUUCCUCCUAAUGAAAGCCUGACAAGAUUAAAAGUUGAAGAGAAAAAAGAAGAGUUAAAACAAUUGGAGUUGGAGUUUAUGUCUCUAUUAGAAAAGUGGGAAAACCGUAAUGAUAGUAUCAAUAAUACUGGUACUUAAAAGUUUUAAAGUGGUAGAUUUUGUAAAUACUUGCACACACACCAUUUAAUUAUGUUCAUCUGUUAUAUUAAAUAAUUCGUAUGCUUAAGUUUCUUUAAUAAAACAAAUUUUUAUUAAA